CUUCACUCUCUUUCUUCUCAUUAAUUUUCGCACAAUAUUUUGUAUUUCUCGUCUCCUCCCACCGUUGCUCCUUCGCCCCUCCCAUCGCGAACCCCCUCGAGGCGCUUCUCUCGCCCAAGCCUCUCAGCUUCGAGAUCUAACGGGGGGAUGGACCGUGGAUCGGCCGCCCAGAAUUCGCGCGUGCUGGAGGUCUUCCGCGACAUCAAGGGCCGUCGAGCCGGCAUCCUCAAGGCCCUCACCACCGAUUUCGAGGAGUUCUACCAGCAAUGCGAUCCCGCAAAAGAAAAUCUGUGUCUCUAUGGUUUUCCCACUGAGCAGUGGGAGGUUGAUCUGCCUUCAGAUGAAGUUCCUCCAGAGAUUCCGGAACCUGUUUUGGGUAUUAAUUUUGCUAGAGAUGGAAUGGAAAAGAAAUCCUGGUUAUCCUUGGUUGCUUUACACAGUGAUGCAUGGUUGCUUGCUUUAGCAUCUUAUUUUGGUGGUAGAUUUCAGUUUGAUAAAAAACAGAGGAAAAGCCUUUUGGAUAUGGUAACUGAUCUGCCUACCUUAUGCGAAAUUGUAAGUGGAAAGAAUCAAGAGAAGUCCUCUGGUUCUAAAAACAUCAGUAACAAGUCCAAAUCAAAUUCCAAAUUGAAGGCAUCAGAAUAUCAGGCCAAGAACACAAAAGCAAAGCAUGCCAAGGAAGAGGACGAAGACUUAAUCGAGGAGGACGAUGAAGACAAUUAUCUCUGUGCGGCAUGCGGCGAGAGCUCUGUACCAGAUAACUUCUGGAUCUUCUGCGAUACUUGUGAGAAGUGGUUCCAUGGGAAGUGCGUGAAGGUCACCCCUGCAAAGGCUGAGCACAUCAAGAAUUACAAGUGUCCAUGGUGCAGCAACAAGAGGAUGCGGACCACGUAAAACCAGCAAUGGCAAGAACGCCACAUUAAGCUUCUCGUUUUCCCUUGGUUGGCAUCUUAGCAACCGUGACAACAUUGUAAAGCUUUGUAGAGAAGUUGCAGUUUACGUAAACUGCAGGCAUUACACAACCAUCGCUCGUAAUGCAGAAAUUACUAAUGCAUAGUUAACUCUGAAAAUUUGUACUGGAACUCCUCGUUGGUUCUACUAGCUCAGGUAGGGCAGUUUGCAGACUGAUCUCAGGAUACCUUGUUUAUUCGUGUAUCAAGUAUUCUAAUUAAUUAUGUAACAUAUAGAUCCGUUCUU